AGGACUUACUUGGCCCAUUCACUUAUGUUGCGUCGAACCCUGGAAAGGACAUUCGUGGCACGCUGAUCGCUGCAUUCAAUCUAUGGCUCAACGUUCCGAAACCCAAGUUGGAUAUGAUUACCAGGGUUAUCGACACGGUGCAUAAUGCAUCCCUCAUGUCAGGGUCUUGUUCGUCCAGGGAGCUACUGUAAGGAGCUGACAACUACCAUCUCUACCCAGGCUAGAUGACAUCGAAGACGAUUCUGAUUUGCGAAGAGGGAAACCAGCCGCUCACAAAGUGUAUGGUAUUCCCCAGACCAUCAACUCGGCGAAUUACGCAUGCUGGCUCGCUUACCAACAACUGGCGUCCAUUCGAGAGGCUCCAACGGAGAGUACGGAAGCCAAAGAUCGUCUCCUGUUCCCCGAAACUUUGGAUCAAAUUUUCAGGGGUACAUCGUAGUAGCAGAACCCGACAUCACUGAACUUAACCAUUUGCAUUCAGAGGAACUUUUACACUUACACCGUGGUCAGGGGCUAGAUAUUAUCUGGCGAGACACCUUCAGGUGCCCGACUGAGCAGGAAUACAUCCAAAUGGCUCGGUGGCAUAGCGUUCUGCGCCUUUCAGUCAAGAUCAUGAUGGCGUUUGCAACUACAAAUGUUGAUGUAAAUUAUGUUCCUUUAGUCGAUCUGUUCGGCAUCUACGGUCAGAUCCGGGAUGACUACAUGAACUUGCAGAGCCAAGAGUACACGAACACCAAAGGCCUUGCGGACGACAUAUCGGAGGGAAAGUUCUCAUUCCCUGUUAUCCACAAUAUUCUCAAGCAGAGACCAAAGACAUCGACUUUGAAGCACCAAGCAAUUGCAUAUCUCAAGGAUACUACCCACUCCUUCGACUACACUUUAUGUGUGAUGCGAUCUUUGGAGAAACACAUUCAGGAAGAAACGGCCAGGCUUGGAGGAAACCCAAUACUAAAGACGUUACUGGAAAGAUUACACCAAUGACGCUGUACACACCCAAAUGGCAGAUCCACUUGUUUGUUAUUCCUGGUUUCUUAGAGAUGGUAUACGUACUGCUGUCAUAUGGCUUGUUUGAUAGGAGAUAGCUUUCAUACUUGAUUGGCAAUAAAUGUAGACUAGUCUGAACCUUGCUCCCCGUCGUUGUCGUCAUCGCCGAAGAAUUCAUCUCCGGAGAC